AUGAGGACCAAGAGUGAGUACUUGACCUUAAAUGCAGCUCCUGAGGAAGGCUGCCAUGGAAAAUACUCGAGAACUUUAAGGAAUAAGUGCUCUGAAGCUAUCCUCAGUAAUGAAGCAGGUGUGAAAAGCAAUUUUCCUUUGCCAAGUGAAAUGAUGACUACAAAAUCAGCAGUUCCCAUGAUAGUGUGCUUUCUUCAGCUCUGGGUUGUAAAUGGGCAGGUAAUAUGUGAGAGGCAAAUGACAGCUGAAUGGAGAGAGGAACCAAAACCUACUGUAAUCAAAUGGACACCAAUGGCAAAUAUCUGCUCAGACUUUUACACUGAAUGCUGGAACAUGAAUAAAAGUAUUACUGGGGAAAUCUUGGAAGGACAAAACCUUAGUAUCCCUCAGAUAUGCCCCUUACAGCUUCAAUUAGGUGACAGUCUCUUCAUCUUUUCUGAGCCGUCCUUUCAGUCCUAUGGAAUGAAUUUGGUAAACGUCUCCAAGGAAGAAUUUAUUAAUUGCCCUAAACCUGUUUUUCUUCAAGAACAGUUGAUUUUUGCUUGCCAGAUAAGAGGACUGCACCAAGUUGACCCUAACUGGCUUGGUGUUGGAACUCAUUACUUUGCAGAACUCCAUAAGAGAGGCCCCCUACUGUGCAAUAUGGGCCUUCGUCUGAAUGUAACUGUGAAGCAGCAGUUUUGCCAACAGUCUCCAAACGCACCGCUCUGCUCUGGGCAUGGAAAAUGUCUAAGCCAUGUUUGGGAAAAAGCCUAUAAUUGCCAUUGUUUCUCACACUAUUCUGGAACAUUCUGCCACAAGUUUGAUAUGUGCUCCACCAAACCUUGCCACAACAACGCUUCCUGCACUGAGAAAUCAGAAUUUUCUGGAGAUUCUUAUGAGUGCAAAUGUCCUCCAAAAUUUUCAGGUAAAAAUUGUACAGAAAUAGUUGGACAGUGCCAGCCAUCUACGUGUUUCAAUGGCAACUGCGUCAAUGUUACUCCAAAUACUUUUCUUUGUAACUGUGACAAGGGCUUUACAGGUCCUUUUUGUGAGAAACCUGGUGAUCCUUGUGAAUCUCAGCCAUGCCUAAAUGAAGGCAUAUGCCAGUAUAAUGGGUCUGAAUAUGUUUGUGUUUGUCCUUCUGGAUUUCUUGGUCAUAACUGUGAAAUUGAUAUCAAUGAAUGUUCUUCAAGGCCAUGUCAGAAUGGAGGCUCAUGUAUUGAUUUGCCAAAUGAUGUGGCAUGUAUCUGUCUGCCAAUAUUUACUGGCAAGUUCUGUGAGAGAAUACUGAAUCCAUGUGAAUUACUGCCUUGUUUAAAUAAUGCAACUUGCAUAGCUCAACAGCAGAACUACAACUGCCGCUGCAUGCCAGGAUUCACGGGAAAGAACUGUGAGGAAGUAAUUGACUACUGCAGUCUGCUCAGCAUCAACUGUCUGAAUGAAGGAUUGUGUCUUAAUAUAAUUGGAGGAUUCACUUGCCUCUGUGCACCUGGAUGGACAGGAGAAUUUUGCCAAUUUGCUGAAAAUGCAUGUUUAGUUUACCCAAAUCGUUGUUCUGAUGGAGCAACUUGCAUAGAUAUGAGCCAACGGAGGGAACAACCUUUGUUUCAGUGUCUGUGUCCUCGUGAUUUCACAGGAGAAUUCUGCGAGGUGCAAAUUGGUAACUGUGGUUCCAAUUCAUGUGAAAAUGGAGGAACAUGUAUUGCCUAUGAAGAUCAUUUUCAGUGCACUUGCCCUGUAGGUUUUGAAGGUGAAAGAUGUGAACUCGAUAUUGAUGCCUGCCUUUUCAACAAUAUAAGCUGUGCUCCCGGAGCAUUGUGUAUGGAUAAAUCUCAUGGAUUUAAUUACACAUGUUUAUCACCAUGUAUUGGAAACACAGAGGUAUGUGCAAAUGGAGGUAGUUGCUUCUACGAUGAAGAAAACCAGAGAUCUCACUGUGUCUGUGUUCUCGGAUGGACAGGAAAAACAUGCCUAGAGAAUAUUAAUGAGUGUGAGGUAAACCAGUGCCAACAUGGAGCCACAUGUGAAGAUGGAAUUAAUAAAUACAGGUACUAA